AUGGCCGCGGCCACCUCUAACCCUUACCUCCCCGGCAACGGCAUCCUCUCGGCCGGCUCCAUCGUGCACUCGGACUCGGGCGGCGGCGGCGGCGGCGGCGGCGGCGGAGGCGGCGGCAUGCAGCCCGGCAGCGUGGCCGUCACCUCGGUGGCGGGCGGCUACCGCGGCGACCCGGCGGCCAAGAUGGUCCAGAGCGACUUCAUGCCGGGCGCCAUGGCCGCCAGCAACGGCGGCCAUAUGCUGAGCCAUGCCCACCAGUGGGUGACAGCCCUGCCCCACGCCGCCGCCGCCGCCGCCGCCGCCGCCGCCGCCGCCGCCGAGGCCGGCUCGCCGUGGUCCGGCAGCCCCGUGGGCAUGACGGGCAGCCCCCAGCAGCCGCCGCCGCCGCCCGACGUCAAGGGCAGCGGCGGGCGCGACGACCUGCACUCGGGCACGGCGCUGCACCACCGGCCGCCCCACCUGGGCCCCCCGCACCAGGGGCACCCGGCGGCCUGGGGGGCCACCACGGCCGCCCACCUGCCCUCCAUGGCCGGCGGGCAGCAGCAGCAGCAGUCGCUCAUCUACUCGCAGCCCGGGGGCUUCACGGUGAACGGCAUGCUGAGCCCCCCCCCCGGCGGGCAGAGCCUGGUGCACCCGGGGCUGGUGCGCGGCGACACGCCGGAGCUGGGCGAGCACCCCGGCCACCACCACCACCACCACCACCAGCACCCGCACCACCCGCCGCACCACGGCGCCGUCAACAGCCACGACCCGCACUCGGACGAGGACACGCCGACCUCCGACGACCUGGAGCAGUUCGCCAAGCAGUUCAAGCAGCGGCGGAUAAAGCUGGGCUUCACCCAGGCCGACGUAGGCUUGGCCCUGGGCACCCUCUACGGCAACGUCUUCUCGCAGACCACCAUCUGCCGCUUCGAGGCCCUGCAGCUCAGCUUCAAGAACAUGUGCAAGCUGAAGCCUUUGUUGAACAAGUGGCUGGAGGAAGCCGACUCCUCCACGGGCAGCCCCACCAGCAUCGACAAGAUCGCCGCCCAGGGCAGGAAGAGGAAGAAGAGGACCUCUAUCGAGGUGAGUGUCAAGGGGGCCUUGGAGAGCCACUUUCUGAAAUGCCCCAAGCCCUCCGCCCAGGAGAUUACGAACCUAGCGGACAGCCUGCAGCUGGAGAAGGAGGUGGUCAGGGUUUGGUUUUGCAAUCGGAGGCAGAAAGAGAAAAGGAUGACCCCCCCGGGGAUCCAGCAGCAGACCCCCGACGAUGUCUACUCCCAGGUCGGCACCGUGAACUCCGACACGCCGCCCCCUCACCACGGACUGCAGACGAGCGUGCAGUGA